AUGUCUUUACUUGAAGGCGGUGAUAGACGUCGUUAUAAUCUACCUUCACCUAAUGAAGUUGCAGUUGUAUUUGUUGGCGAAGAUGGUGCUCCCACAACUUCCAGGGAUGUUGUUAUUUACCCAAGAGGUCAUCCUUUAAAAAUUGUAUCAAAUCUUUUUAUAACUUUUUCUUGCAACCCAAAAUGGUGUGAAAUAACAGAAAAUUUAUAUCCGGGUCAGAAUGCGAAUGAUAGACCUGAUUUGGUUACUCGAGUUAUUGAGUUUCAAAAGCGUGGUUUGCCGCAUGCCCACAUUUUACUUCAUUUAGCAAAUGAUGAUAAACUUGAAACAUCACAGGAUAUCGAUAAUUUGAUUUGUGCAGAAAUUCCAGAUCUGAUAGUUAAUUGUGAACUUUAUGAUAUUAUCAAAACUUGCAUGAUUCACGGCCCAUGUGGGAUACUGAAUCCAAAUUCUCCCUGCAUGAAAGAUGGGGUGUGCAGCAAAAAAUAUCCUAAAGAUUUUAAUGCCAACACAGUAGCUGUUCACAAUGGUUAUCCGCGCUAUAGGCGUCGUGAUAAUGGGUUGGUUAUCAAUAUUAAAGGCAACAAUGUAGAUAACCGUUGGGUGGUACCUUAUAUUCCUUGGUUAUCAAAGAAAUAUCAAGCCCACAUUAAUGUUGAAGCUUGCAUGUCUGUGAAGGCUGUUAAAUAUUUGUGUAAAUACAUAUACAAAGGGCAUGAUUGUGCGAAUGUUUUGAUAAAUGAACAGGUUAAUCACGAUGAAAUAAACACUUUCUUAGAUUGUCGUUAUGUUAGUGCACCUGAGGCGCUGUGGCGAAUAUUUGAGUAUCCCAUAAGUCAUAUGUCACACUCUAUUAUCCGUCUUAAGGUUCAUCUUCCUGAGAAUCAGAUUGUGUAUUUUAGAGAAGGAGAGGAACAAGUGGCGUUAGAUCGUGCUGCUCAACGUGAUACACGCCUUACGGCCUGGUUUAAUUUGAAUUCUGAAAAUGAAGGAGCCAAUCGCUAUUCAUAUGUUGACAUUCCAUAUCACUUUGUAUUUGAUGAUAAACAUUGUAAAUGGAAGGUUAGACAAAGAGGUGGAAAUAAGGUGAUAGUAAGAAUGUAUAAAGUUAGUCCAACAGGAGAAUUAUUUUUUCUUAUAUUGUUACUUUUACAAGCAAAAGGAGCCAAAUCUUGGGAGGAUUUGUGUACUGUUAAUGGAAUAGUUCUUGAAACCUUUCGUGAAGCGUGUGUUUUUAAGUUUUGUUGCAAGAUGACACUAAAUGGCAGAAUACUCUUUCUGAGGCAGUUUUAA